AUCACAGGUGGUCCAUCGUCCGCAUGGCCGGGCGUGGUGGCCGGUCCAAGGUCGAACGGCUGAGGACCACCUCCCGGUAUAUAAAGGACGGCGCGCGCCGGACCUGCAUCACGGUAUCCAGCCGAGCUCAAUCAGACACCAUGAAGGCUUUCGUUUGCUCUUUCCUCGUAGUGCUGCUGGUGGCGGCCGUGUUCGCCCAGGAGAAGGCCAAGGAGACCCUGAAGGGCGCCGAGGCCUACUACGCCUACGCCGCCCCCUACGCCUACAGCGCCUUCGGCUACCCCGCCGUCAGCGCCUACUCCGCCUACCCUUACGCUGCCGUCGGCUACCCCUACUACUACCGCUGAACACGGACUUCGAUAUGAAAACACACUUGCUCUGACCUUUCACUCUCUUCCUUCUUCGAAUAAACAGCUUUAAACAAAUGAAAAA